AUGUCGCAGAGCCCCACCUCACCUUCUCCCACCAUUACAAGCCCCGGCAGCGGCAGCACCAGUACCAAUAAUGACUUCUUUGGCGGGCCCGCCUCCCCGCCAGUCAUUCUCGCCAUCCUCGCAAUUGGGAUGUUCGGGAUCGCCGCGAUGGCAGUCGUCGGGUGGAGGAGGACGCAUGUAGGGAGGAACCUUGUUCUCAGCCCGUUUGGGCUGGAGCUGCUUGGGUUGGAGGCAGCGGAAUUCCAGAUGAAGGAGCAGAAAGUCGUAGGGGAGAAGCCGGAGCUUUGGGAUAUGUGGCUCGCUGGGGCUCCGUCUGAGUCAUAUGGCAAAGGUCAUGGGCUGUCGGAAACUAAGCCCAUCGCAGCUUGUGCGGUCAACUCGUCUGAGCCGAACCACCGACAUCUCGCUGAUGCUCCCCGCAAUUUUAUGAAUUUCCAUCUCCCCGACAGGAGGCAAGUGGCCACAGAUCGGGAAACAUCCCCGAGCCCUGCGGAUCUCCAGCUAGGCACUCCUGUACAGGUUGCAUUCGCAAUCGUCAUGCCUUCUCCACAUCGGAAUGAUAAAGCAACAAACCAUACUCUUGAGUAUUCUAUCGGACUACUGCACACCAAGGUCGGCGCGGAUUCGAACCCGGGCUGAUGUCCACGACUUGCGACGAGACGCUUCAGUAUGGGGUAACAUGUAUUACUAGUUUCACGAUCUUUCGGAAUCCAGAGGACAGCG